UUGCUGUAUUCUCCAAUUGAGAACAUCCAGAGGGUAGCUGCAGGAGUACUCUGUGAACUGGCUCAGGAUAAAGAAGCUGCAGAGGCAAUUGAGGCUGAGGGUGCCACUGCUCCACUUACUGAACUUCUUCACUCCAGGAAUGAAGGUGUUGCCACUUAUGCUGCUGCUGUUCUGUUCCGUAUGUCUGAGGACAAACCACAAGACUACAAGAAACGUCUGUCUGUUGAACUGACAAGCUCCUUGUUCAGAACUGAACCUAUGACUUGGAAUGAGACUGGAGAUCUUGGACUUGAUAUUGGAGCCCAGGGAGAACCUCUUGGAUACCGUCAAGAUGAUCCUAGCUACCGUCCCUUCCACUCUGGUGGAUAUGGGCAGGAUGCUAUGGGUAUGGACCCAAUGAUGGACCAUGACAUGGGUGGCCAUCACCCUGGUGCAGAGUACCCAGUUGAUGGGCUGCCAGAUCUUGGACAUGCCCAGGACCUGAUUGAUGGGUUACCCCCAGGUGAUAGCAAUCAGCUGGCCUGGUUUGACACUGAUCUGUAAAUUGCUACCUUUUUUUUUAGCUGUUGUCUGAAUGGACUUGCAUUGUGAUUUGGCCUGUAGAGUUGGGGUGGGCAAGUAUCUUGGAAAGUGCCUGAUGCACUAACAAAAGUGGAGUUUCCUAUGGGAACAAUCUAAGUAAAUUGUUCUGGUCCUUUUUGGUUGGAGUAAACUGCGAAAUGGAUUUUGGGAGUGGCUGCCUAUUUUGAAGGAAGUACAAGAGUAGAUCUAAAGAUGGAUUUUAAAACUAGCUUUUUUUUUUUUUUUAAACCCUGUCUUUUAAUGGUACUGACCUAGCUUGCUUUAAACUAGUCUAGUCACUAUUUUUAUUUUUCAGGAAUUUAUUUAAGUCUUGUAGUAUUAAGUUUAUAGUGGUAAUGCUCCAGCCAUUUCUAACAAUCAAGUACUGGUGUAGAACACUAAUACAUAAUCAAUUAAACUGUAUUCUUUAAUAGUGUAACAUUGUGUAGCUUUUGUAUAAAACAAAUUAGAAUUUGUCCAAAUACAUUCUUUUUAAUGCUGAAAUAAUCAGGUUUAACUAUUUUCCAGUGUCAGAUUUAUUCCAAGGAGGGUGCCCUUGGGUGGGGGUGGGUUGGGGCAGGAUUGACCUUUUUGUAAACAACUUAAAGUAAUUUGGCUUUUUUUUUUUUUUUUUUUUUUUUUAAAUCCCAAAGUUGUAGCCUGCUGUGCUUAAUGGAAACUUAGUUAUAAAAUGGCUUAACAAUAAAAAAUAAACCUAUGUAUUUCAA